AUGUCUUCCUCUAACCAAAGUAAAUAUCCUGAGAAUAACCCUUUUUUACUCAAACAAAAUAAUACAAAUUAUACAUAUACUAUUAUUAAAGAAGGUUUUUACCCUUCAAAAAACAUAAUUUGCUAUACCUCAGCACGUUCUCGCAAUGGAACUCAAUUUAAAAUUCCAAAUAAAUAUUUAGUUCAAACUAGUUGGGGUAGAGGAAAUUUACGACAUACCAUAAAAUGUGAAAUUGAAUAUGAAUUAGAUGGACAGCCUGUUUUUAGAAUUUGGUUUGAAAAGAACUUUCAGCAAUACGUAGUAGAAUCAAAAGAGUCUCCAACUAAAGCUGCUAAUGAAUACUUGCGAAGUAAAAAUCCUAAUACUCAUGCAAAUCUUUCUGGAAUACAUGUAUUUGGUCUUAAUGCUACAGAUGUAGAGAAAGAACGUGAAAAAAAAAAUCAUUCUCAUUCUUUUAAACCAUUUAAUAUGUUAAGUGAAUCUAUGAAAACAAAACGGUCUCGUUCAUUUUCUAUACAUAUGGAUACAAUAUUUCAAAAUGAAACUCUGAAUUUCUAUAAUUCAAGCAAUCAGCCAGUUUUGCAAGAAAUUCGAUUUAAUGUUCAAAAUAAGAAUUACUUGGCUAAUUAUUGUGAUAAAAAUGAAGAGAAAGAAAAUCAACCUGCACUUCAACCUGAGUUACCACGAGACCGUGUCAUCUUAAAUGCUAGAAAAAGAAUUAAUGAAGAAAUGAGUCAAAAAAUUCCCAUUUCUAUUUUAAAUAUUAAACAUACACCUCUUGCAUCAACAAUAAAUGAAGCUCCUGAUAUUGAGGAUCAAGAAAUUGUAGAAGAGGUAUUACAAUACAUUGGUAAAGCAGGUUAUAGACAUAUUUCAGACAUUUUACUUUUUGUAAUUCCAGAUCUUGUAAAUCGAAAUAUUCUUAAUCCAAAUGAUCCUAUAAUUCAUGUACAAAUAUCAGGUGAUGGGCGUAACGUAGGUAGAAAAGUGAAACAUGUUAUGGUUACUUGUACCAUUUUAGAUGAUAUAUUGAAUAUUCAUAAGGCUGACUUUCACUAUACAACUAUUCUAUAUCCAGGUGUAGAGAAUUAUGAGACAUUACAAAAUGUAAUGGAACCAAUGAUUAGUGAAUUGCACAAUUUAGUAAUUAAUGGUCUAAUAGAUCCAAAUGGAACAAAAUGGAAAAUUGAACCUUACUUUAGUAGUGAUUGGAAAUUUAUGGCUAUUAUAUUGGGUUUUAAUGCUGCAAAUGCUAAUUACUUCUGUCCUUGGUGUAUGUGCACAAAAAAAGAUAUUGGAAACAGAGAUAAAAUCCACAAAAUUGAAAAAAAUAUGAACCAGAUACAAUCAUCAAAACCACCACCUGGACAUCUUAAGGCUCCUCUUCUUCCUAUGAUUCCUUUGGAUCAUUAUGUACCUGAUGAGCUUCACGUAAUGCUAAGGAUUUGGGACCGAAUGUGGGCGCUAGUAAUCCAAGAACUUAAAUCUGAAAAUCGAUUUGAUGAUAAUAUUAGAAGAAUUAUUAGUGUGGAGAUGCAAAGAAUAUCGGUUAGAUUUCAUUUUUGGCAGGAUCAUGAUACACAAAGUUGGUCUUACAUAUCUUUGAUGGGAGGAGAUAAAGAGAUUAGAGAUUUUUACGUGCUUUAUAAAUCCAUGAAGGAACCGGAAACUGAUUCUGCACUUUUUGCAAUUCAAGCAAAGAAAUGGCUUGAUUUAUUUCUUACACCAUAUCAAGGUGAACCAAAUACGAUUUCUUUUAAAAAAGGUCUUUAUCGUCCAAAGGAUAUUACGCCAUACAUGCAUGUCUUGAUCAACCACAUACCUGAAUUCAUAAAACUACAUGGGCAUUUUGGAUUGGCAGCAUUUUCAUGUGCAGGGGUUGAAAAAAAAAACCACGAUCAAGUUUCAGCUUUUUUUAGAAAAACAAUGAAGGACGGUGGUAAGGGUAUAGAAAGAAAAUCUGCCAUUUUUGAAAUUCUUUAUUAUGAAAAUCAGUUUAUGUACUUUACCCAACAAUCUACUUUUGAUUCAGUUCUUAAACCUCAAUAUUUUCAAAUUUAA